ACGUGGGCCUUCGUCGGUGUCGGUUGCGUUUUUGCGCGCGCUCGCGGUCGCAAAGAGAGCGUCCGUUUUCAGCGCGUGGUGAUUCGCUUAUACACGCUACUCGUCCGAAUAAAGAGGUGCCCGCAGCGCGUAUUUUCUUUUUCCAACCGGCUAGAACAGUCGUUUCUUCCAAAGUGCGUCCGCGAUCGCGUGGAUCCCUCCCAAAUUUUGCUGUGUAAUACUGAUUGUGUAUCAUCAUUGGGAUUAUCACGACGGCGGAUUGUGCUGCGACACGUACGGACACAUAUAUACAUACACACAUAUAUAUAUACGUACAUUUAUAUACGAACGGCACACAGCGAGACGGGAGUAAACAUAGAACAAAGAGCGUCCCGUGUCUAGAUGCUGCACGGCCUGUGGCGUGAUUAACAUUGACCGAGGUACCAAAGAAAGUGUCAAGAUUGAGCAAGUCGUUGUCCCGUCCGGCGGCGAUCUCGCCAAAAUUUGGAGGAUGCUGAUGCCGGGUGCCGCGGGUCUCGGUGUGGGCGCGGUUGGCGCUGUGGGCGCCGUGGGUGCCCCAGCGCCCGACGAGCUGGUGCAAGGGCUUGGAGCCCUGACCGGUACUACGCCGCAGCAAAAGGAUACGACAUGGACGAAGCUUUUCGUCGGCGGUCUACCCUAUCAUACCACCGACAAGAGUCUCAGGGAACAUUUUAACGUUUACGGAGAUAUCGAAGAGGCGGUCGUCAUCACGGACAGACAGACCGGCAAAAGCAGAGGCUAUGGCUUCGUAAUUAUGGGAGAUAAACCAGCGGCAGAAAGAGCAUGCAAAGACCCUAAUCCCAUUAUUGAUGGUCGUAAGGCAAAUGUCAACUUGGCCAUUCUCGGAGCUAAACCCAGGAGUAAUUUGCAAUCGACAUUCCCGUUCGCUACAGGCAUCCGGGCCGGUUAUCCAGCAGUACUUCCUGGCCAAUACGGGGUACCACCAGGUUACGUGUACCAGUCGCCCUACCUGGCGGCCGCGGCGCCAGGUGGUCUGGUACCGCUUCCGGCGACGCAGUUGAGCCACGCAGCCGCCGUCGCCGCGGCGUCGCAGUUCUACGAGUACCAGAACGCGGCGGCGGCCGCAGCUACCUACCCGGGCACCUCGUACAACUUCGCCGAGGCAUAUCCGUACACGACCGCGGCCGCGGCUGGUACGUGUUUGAAUAGUGUCCAGAGUAAGGGUAGCAACUACCCGUUACACCACCACCACCAACACCACCAACAGCAGCAACAGCAGCAGCAAAACGGUCCCGCGACGUUGGCGCAUCAGCAACGGCUGGAGAAAGCUCUCUUACCGCAAUUUCUGCCGUCCGUGCUGCGUGAUUACGCUAAUGCAGCGGCGGCGGGUUACGUGGCGCCGUACACCUACGCUACUUUACCAGGUGCCGCGGGUCUGCCAGCAGCGGCAGCGGCUGCGGCGACAGCAGCUGGUGCAGCUUUCCCAGGCCUGCCGUAUCAGACGACACCUCAGGAGGCCAGAUUGCAAUAAAGCGCUUUUCGACGUUAGACCACCACGAAACAAUUGUAGCCGAGCCUUUUUACGUGACAGAGAUGAAGCGAGAGAAAGAGGGAUGAAGCCGCGUAAAACAUAUGCUCGAUCUCGUUGUCUUUGGGGAAUCGGCUCGCCAGCUUCCUCGUUUCACCCAUUUUUCCGUGAGAUUUUUAUGUUCCCGGUCGGUCGUGUCUCGCACAAUUAAACCAAUCGAAAUGCGAGAAAGAGGAUGAGAUCUGACGAAGCGGCAGCUGCCUCGAGAUCAGGCGAUCCCCGACGACUUCUCUCGCUAAAGUCUGUAUAAUCUGUACUCUUCCUUUUUCGCUUCCCUGACCUUUAAUUUUCCUCUCCAAUUUUUCUCGUGAAGCCGAAUACAUCGGCCUGCUCUGCCGAUAUCAAUUAUUACGCGAAAUUUUAGAAAGAAAUCUCCAUGAUUUUUUUAGAGAACUAUGAUUACGAUUAUUUAUAAUGCACUCGAAUACCUAAACUCGUUCGAGAAAGUGAUCUUCGAUUAAAUCGGAAUUUGAGAGCCGAAAAGGGGGUUGAUUGCGCUAUCACCUCCAUUAAUAGGAGUUACAUGCGCGAAAACGCCCUGUAGGUUAUUGGGCACAAUGCUAUUCUGUAAGAUUUCUAUUUCAAAAUAUUAUAAUAAGAGAGAUGAAGCGGUGUAUUAAAAUGUCACCGCGUAAUAUGAUUUUUAAAAUUUAAUUGUUUUAACAAUCUCAUUAUAAUCAUGUCCAAUUAUAAAUCAUGUUAGUUCCUUGUACCUAUACCUAUUUUCGUCGUGGUUCCUAAAUUCACGAUCACGACUUCUUCGACAGUCAAUCUUAAUAGUAUCAGUCAAACGAUAUAUAUGUACACGUGAAUCUGUUCUCUCAUAGUUGCGACACGAUCUGUCUUCGACAAAGUUAGACGAAUGCGCUAAACUAGAAAUAUCGAUAAAAAUUAAUGCGAGAGCUCCGUAAUAUAAUUUCGGAACCAUUUACAUUCAGGCUUAGAGAUGCACAGAGAAAAAGCAACGUGUUUUAAAUUUUAGAUAAAUUUUCGAUAGAUUUAAUGCGGUAAACAAGAUUUCUAGUAUGAUAAGUUGUUAGAUUAUAUUUUCAGGCAAUUUUUUUUUUUUUUUUUUUAUAAAGAAGAAAGAAAUUAUGAUUGCGUUUAUUUUGUAACGGACGGUAUUCAUAAUCGUUUGACUCACCAUUUUUUUUAAUUUGGCAACUGGAGAUAAUACAGAUAGAAAUUAUAUCAUAAAUCCUGACUUGAGAAACGAGACUUACGAUCCGAUUUCUUUAAUAUUGUUACCAUUGUUCUUGAUGACAACGUUUAAUUUUUUUUUUUUUUUAUCUCGUUCUAUUGAAAAUUCUUUGAGAUGUCUAUCCGAACAUUUAUUCUUUCUACAUUAGCACAAUUCAGUUGUUUAUGUUUACUAUGCUUUUUAUCCUACCAAUUUUCAUAUCUAUCUCGAAAUUGCAACUAAUAUUCUUUUUUUUUAAUUCUUUUCUUCAGGUCGAAACAAAUGAAUUUUUACUUCGAGGCUUAUUAUAUGUAGAACUCGCAAUCUGUUGAAGAAUUUUGUUUGCAACGAUUUUUUAAAUUUUCUUAUUGAAUAAAAAUUUCUCAUUGAUACAUGCAU